ACUGCAUUUCUUUUUUAUUAUUACCAUUAUUAUUAUUCACAUACAAAUGACUUCAGAACGACCCACUUUUUACUUAUUAUUUGUUGUUUUUUCAAUAUUAAUGAGUGCAUUUCAAUAUGGAUACCAUAAUGGUGAAUUAAAUACACCACAAUCAGUCAUUACAAAAUGUACAGAUUCAUCUACCACCAUUCAGACACAUUGGAGCUCAUUUCUACCUGCUUGUAUUCCAAUGACAGAUGCUCGUUAUGCCAUUGUUGUUUCAAGCUUAACAGCGGGUGGACUUUUUGGAGCACUUGCUGCUCCUCAUUUUAAUGACCGAUAUGGUCGUCGUCUGACUUUAUUCUACACUAAUUUAUUACUUGCUUUAGGAUCCAUACUCACAUCCUGCGCUACCUCUCCUUCAAUCAUGACCUUGGGUCGAUUUUUAUCAGGUAUCGGUAGUGGUGUCGUUACCGUUGUUGUCCCUGCCUAUAUCGCUGAAUGUGUUCCUCAGUCAAGUAGGGGGCUCUUUGGCGCCAUGAAUCAAUUGGCGAUCGUAAUUGGUAUCAUGAUGGCCCAAGUUGUGGGCCUCUUUUGGUCCAACCUCAAACAAUGGCGUUGGAUUUUAGCGAUAGGAUUUAUCUUGGCUGUGAUCCAGGCUAUGCUGUUACCAUUUUGUGUUGAAUCACCCAAAUAUUUAGCUUCAUUACCUGGAGGAUUAAAUCAAGCCAAAAAGUCUUUGUUGAGGUUAAGACAGUCAUCUAUAGAUGAAAUAGAGGAAGAGAUUCAAGUAUGGAAACGAGGAGAAAGUGAUGAGAUAUUUUCAACAUCAUCAACCCAUAUUACAGUCUGGCAGUUUGUUACUUUACCUCAUUACCAAAGACCUCUCAUGAUUAUUCUUUUAUUACAACUUGCUCAACAAUUAUCAGGUAUUAACGCCGUCAUCUUUUAUUCGACGUCCGUCAUGUCAACCGUCUUUCCUGAAUCCUCUGGACGUAUUACGGUCUAUAUCUCCGUUGUCAACUUGAUCAUGACCACUCUAUCCGCUUUCUUGAUGGAUCGAGUCGGUCGACGUACGUUAUUUUUAAUGUCGUCUGGACUCAUGGCUCUUAUGGCUCUUUUGUUGGGCUGGUCUAUGAUGAAUAGCCCUCAGAUGUCCUUUAUCUCUGCAUUAGCUAUCCUCGGUUUUGUUGCCGCCUUUGCUAUUGGUCUAGGCCCUAUUCCUUUUUUGAUGAUACCCGAAUUAGUAGAAGCAAAAGCAGUCAGUAGUGCAUGUUCAGUAGGCUUAGCUGUCAAUAUGGUUUCGAACUUUAUCAUCUCUGCUGGAUUCCCAAGUUUAAGGUUGGUAAUGGGUCAAGGUCAAGUAUUUUAUUUAUUUGCUGGCUUUUUAACCCUCUUUGUCAUAAUCGCAUUCCGAAUCUUGCCAGAAACAAAGGGAAGAAGUGCAGAGGAUGUGAUUCGAUCAGGAUAUGAACGCAUUCGUGCAACGGCUGAUUGAAAAAAAGAAACACACUCACACACACACACACACACACAAAAAGGGGAGGGGAAAUAAGAAAGAGUAUUAGAAGUGGAAGAAUUUUCUUCUCUCAUUUACUUUUUAUAUAUGUAAAUAUUAC